AUGGCAAGCCCCAUACUUCAAGUAGCAGCUCCAAGUGGAAAUAAUACACCUCCAAGCACAAUUACUCCACCGAUGAAUGCGAUGCAACUGCAAGUACCUUCAACCCCGUGGAACAUUGCACAUCUGUUACCACGGAUAGAAAUCACCAAGUUUGAUGGAGAUCUUGGCAAAUGGGAGGAUUGGUGGGCAAUUUUUCGCACACUGAUCCACGAGAAUCCAUCAAUGAGACCCAUCGAGAAAUUCAGCAGACUGAAAUUGCAUUUAACGGAGGACGCAGCUGGUGCGAUAUCGUACUUGGAUCUGACAGACAACAAUUAUAUCAAAGCAAUACAUAUUUUAACUGGGAAAUACAACAAGCCGAGAUCGGUAAAAGCAGACCAUUAUAUUGCCAUUACAGAACUUCCAAGAGUAGAACAUCAAGAGGACUUUAAAGGACUACGUGACUAG